CACAACUUUAAUCGCUCUGUUUGGGUGGCGCCUCACCUUGACAUUGUGACAGAUCGCCCGCGGCAGACUCAGCAGAUUCAGUACCAAUACCAGUUUAAGACGCCCAUAUAAAAGCGAAAGCAAGUCCCCCAAAACUUAUUACAAACCACAACCACGAACAACACAAACAUGUUCACCAAGGUCGUCUUCGUUCUCUGCGCCGCGGGUCUUGCCUCCGCUGGCAACCUUCUCCACGCCGCCGCUCCAGUGGCCUACAGCGCCGCCCCCGCGGUGUCAUCUGUCUCCUACACCUCUCACGCCGCUCCCGUGGCGUACGCCGCUGCCGCUCCCGUGGUCGCCAAGACCUACGCCGCGCCCGCUGCCGUCUCCUACUCGUCCUACUCAUCUCACGCCGCUCCCGUGGCCUACGCCGCUGCCGCUCCCGUAGUUGCCAAGACCUACGCCGCCCCUGCCGCCGUGUCCUACUCCUCAUACUCUUCCCACUCCGCCCCUGUCGCCUACGCCGCCGCUCCCGUCGUCGCCAAGACCUACGCCGCUCCCGUCGCCACUUACGCCGCCGCCCCCGUCGUAGCCAAGGCCGUGGCCCCCGCUGUGUCCUACAGCUCGGUGUCCCACGCUGCCCCCGUGGCGUACGCCAGCCCCGUCGUUAAGACUUACGCCGCUGCUGCCCCCGCGGUUGCUCACUACUCUGCCGCCCCAGCUGUUGCCCACUACUCUGCUGCCCCUGCCGUAGCCCACUACUCCGCCGCCCCCGCUGUGGCCACUUACGCUGCCGCUCCCGUGGCCUCUUACGCCGCUGCCCCCAUAGUCGCCAAGAGCUACGCCGCUCCCGCAGUGGCCACUUACGCCGCUGCCCCCGCCGUCGUGACCAAGACCAUCGCUCCUGCUGUAUCUUCCGUGUCUUCUUACUCUACCCACACCUCUCACGGCUCCCCAGUCGCCGCCUACGCCGCUGCCCCCGUCGUAGCUAAGACCUACGCCGCUCCCGCGUACGCUGCGUACUCCGCUCCCGCCUACUCUGCGUACUCCGCUCCCGCCGUGGCCGCGUACUCCGCCCCCGCUGUGGCCGCGUACUCCGCCCCUGUCUACGCUAAGACCAUCGCCGCUCCCGUGGCCACUUACGCCGCGGCCGCCCCCGCCUACAACUCCGUGGCGUACUCCGCUGCCCCCGCUGUCUCGCACAUCGCAUACAGCGGACACGGUGCCAACUAUGGUUGGUAAACUGAAUCUAGUCUCCCAUUUAUUUAUUUGAAAAUCGACAAAUAAAACUGCUGAACGUA